UAUAGCAACACUUGAAUCCAGACUAUUGUUAUACCUACCUACAAAGUGGACCACCUAACUUGCAGAUUAUACUUGGAUAUGGGUUCCUUCAGUCUGUGGGAACCAUUUACAACAUGGAUACUCGGCAAAUUGGCUUUGGUAGACACAAAGCUCAUUAAUAAAUUAAAACAAAGUGUCGAGGAAAAAAAUAAUCCGUUGAGUCAAAAGUGAAUGAAAAGCAGUCUGCCGGAGUUACCCGGGGGUGUCAGCGCCCCCAAUUUAUAUUCUUAUUUUUUUUUCCUGACCUUUCAAGCCUUUGUCUGGAAUCGAUCACCAUGUCAUUGUCACUGGCUGCUACUAGACGUUUGCCGCUCUCAAUAUCCGUGAGAGUUGUGUCCAACAAACAUGCGACAGUGGGUGCCACCACCUUGCUGUACAAUACACAUAGAAUGACCGCCUCCAACCAGCUACGACACAGGUUACAUGCAGUUUCGCGAUUUCAUACUGGCAAUAGAGGACAGCAAGAGAUUAUGAAGCUUCCUAGAGAGCUUCGUAUGUUUCGGUAUGCAGAACAGAACGCUGUCAAGCAACUAAAGGAAGAAAAGGAAACCAUGGCAUCGCGAGCGACCAACCUUGCAAAAGAGCAAGUCGCCGACAAAGCAGCUGCUGCUGCUCCUGCUGCUGUUAAAGCCAAGAAGCCUAUUAUGCAGAGAGUCAAAGAAGAGAUUAUUCACUACUGGCAUGGUACCAAGCUGUUGGGCCUGGAAAUUCGAAUCUCGUCCAAGCUGACUUCCAAGCUUUUGAAGGGCAACAAGCUCACUCGUCGUGAACAGAGACAGUUGCGUAGAACCACUUCCGACUUGUUGCGUCUGGUCCCCUUCGCCGUCUUCAUCGUUGUGCCUUUUAUGGAGUUUUUGCUCCCUGUCGCAUUGAAGCUAUUCCCCAAUAUGCUUCCCAGUACAUUUGAAGAUAAAUUUCAAGAGGAAGAAAAAAGGAGAAAGUUGCUCAAGGUUCGCCUUGAAAUGGCCAAGUUUCUUCAAGAGACCAUUGCAGAAACAGGUGUACCUGGCUCAGACGAUGCCAGAGCUGCGAAAGAAUUCAGUGAUUUCUUCCGAAAGAUCCGUAUUACUGGAGAGCAAGCUACUACUGAUGAUAUCUUGAAGAUCGCCAAGCGAUUUGAAGAUGAACUUACAUUGGAUAACUUGUCCCGACCACAACUCGUCUCCAUGUGCAGAUACAUGAGUAUCAAUGCCUUUGGAACCGACAACUUCCUCCGUUAUCAAAUCAGAAACAGAAUGACCAAGAUAAAAGCCGACGAUCGCGUCAUUCAGAACGAAGGCAUUGAUUCAUUAACUAUUCAGGAGCUGUCCAAUGCAUGCGCUGCGCGUGGCAUUCGCACCAUUGGCACUUCACCUGCUCGCCUAAGAGAUGAGCUAGCUCAGUGGUUGGACCUUCACUUGAACCAUCAGGUACCCUCGACGCUAUUGAUCUUGUCUCGCGCUUUCUCUUUCACCGAUCGCGGUCUUAGCACGCAAGAGGCUUUGCAAGCUACCCUCAGCAGUUUGCCUGAUAAUCUGGUGAACGAGGCGGAACUUCAAGUUCUGGAAUCAGAGGGUGCUACUACUUAUAAGCAGAAAUUGGAGGUUCUUGAACAACAACAAGAAUUGAUCGAGGACGAAUCUGAACAAGAAGAGAAGGAAGCCCAAGCUAGAAGGGAAGCCAAGGAAGCUGAGGAAGCACAACAGAAGUUAAUUGCUGAGCAAGAAGCCCAGCAGAAGGCUGAGUUGGGAGACAAACUGCUCACUGAUGAACAGAUUGCUCAAAAGGAACAAGACAUCAAGGAUGUUCGUUUGUCUGAAGAACAACUUCAGGAACUCCGAAAUGCCCUUGCAGUUCUCUGCGCCAAGGCUGGUAUCCUGGAGGAACGCGAGCAAUUGAAUGAGAUUAAGGAAGAUCACGAAGAUUACAAAGAGGAUAUUGAAGAACUCAAGGAAGCAACUAAGCGACAAGCAGAUAAGGUGACCACUCGCCUAGGAAAGCGCCUUGAAAAGAUGCUCGGUAAACUUGACAAGGAGCUUGACGCAUUCGAAAGCGAGCAGAAACACUCUACUGGAUUCCCUCGUGUUAACGUCAGUGAAUCGGGUCAAAUCAGUACAGCGGACCUCGAGGAGGCUCUCCGUGUCAUUCGCCAUGCCCCAGACAGUGAUGUAAUCAAGAAGGUGGUAAAGCAAAUGGAUCUUGAUAGUGAUGGUCUCAUUUUCCUUGAACAUGUCACCCAGAUCGCACAACAAGUCCCGGAAGGUCUUGGUGUUGUGAUUGAGAACAUUACAGACAAGGAGCGCGAUGGCCGCCUUCGUAACGAUAACGUUCUCAAGACCGGACUAGUCUCCAAUGGUAGCGAGGCUAAGAAAUAGACGUCUUCGCAUGUAUCCUCCUAUUCCAUACAAUAACACCAUAGAAUGUAAUUUUUGUUCCUCUUCUAUCGAACCAAAUCCUAUAUCAGCUCAAUUUGGUCUG